AUGCGCGAGACGAGGGCAUCGCGGUCUCGCUCUCAGCAGCAGGUCCUAGCACUCUCAGUCAAGCCAGAAAGUCAACGACAGCCACUAGGUGAAGCAAGCGGCAAUACAAGCCCUGAACAAGCCGCGGCAGUGUCAGAUGCGAAAAUCAACAAAACUCGAGAGCGCCCAACUAGGUCAGCCUUGGGCCUCUCUUCUAGUCCUGCGAGACGGCGCAUAGCUGUUGUCAUUCCGCAUCGUCCGGUCACCAAGUCCAACGCGUCGCCACCUCCUGCGUCACGCAGAAAUGUCUUGAGCGAGUCUCAGGCGUUUCUGCUUGGUCCACCUGCGCCGAGAGUGGCACCAUCGCCAGCAAGGAAGGGAGCAUUGGGAUCGCCUGUCCGUCAGGUGAGCAAUGACUACAAAGCCUCUGUCCAGCAUGGACCGUCUUUGUCUGGCUAUAACGCAGGCACAGGUGCAUCACCUCUCAAGCAGCCAGCUCAGAGACUACCGCAACAUUCAAAAGUGGCAAGUCCUACCAAGCCUCCCGCUGCUGUCGUGACAAGUUCACCUCAGAAGACAGUCUUGCCAGCUGCUGCAUCGCCACUCAAAAAGCCGCCGACACGGUUCCUACACAACACACCAAAGAAGACGCUUGCCAAAAGCAAUACGGAGCGCGCCUUUGCAGAGGAGGAUGCAGAAGCGAUUGAUGAGCUAUCUCUACCUCUCCAGGCGCCAAUCACCACGAACCGUCAGAGCACUCAAUCAAUGAUCAAGCCUGCUGCUGCUAUCUCAUCGCGAUCAAGUCGAACUGCCCCGCAAUCGCAUAUUACCCCUGCAAGACUGAUGCACCGGCCGGCCAAGCAAGCAGUACGCCAACCAUCUGCUUCAAUCUUGGACGCAGAAGAUGAUGAUGACGAUGACGAUGUUGACGAUGAGUUGGCCAUCCAGCAGCUGACGCCUCGCGUUCCGCCCUCACGCCGAACGACGGAAACGCCCCAUGUCAUUGAGCAAGAGCCGGCUCUGCAUUCACCUCCAACCGACAUGGAUCUUGUAGACGAUUGGCAGCCGUCACUUGGCUUGAGUCACUCUUUCUCUGAAUUGACGCUUCAUCAGGAGCAGCAACGACUCCAAUCCUCCGUCGUCGAUGAAGAGAUUCAGGCCUACUCUCGCUCGCCCAAACAUAUAUCCUUUGAUGAUGCAGGCGAAGCUCUUCCCGUUGCUCCUAUUAUCAAGAAAGAAGCAAAAGAUAUGGUCCUGUUCAUUGACGUGCAGCCGACAGGCGUAUUGGCAGACACGAAAGCAGCACAAGAGUUUGGACAUGCACUCGAGAAACUCGGCUGCCGUAUUUUCACUCGAUGGAAUUGGAAUCCAGACACUCAGACUCCCGCAAAGACGCAAGCCAGCCUUGCUCGUCGCAUCGAGGUGACGCAUGUCGUCUUCUUCAAUGGUUCAGCACGCACGCUGAGAAAAGUUCAGCGAGCACGACAAUUGGGUAUUCACAUCGAAUGCUGCGCCUUAUCCUGGGCAGUUCAGUGCCGUACUUUGCAACGUUUGACGGUUGGCACGGCUGGUCAUGAGAUUGAUGUGGAUGAAGAGCUUGAUUUGCUUGCAAAGAAGAUGAAGGUGUCGCCAGCCAAGCAGCACCAGCAGCGACCGCCACAAAAGAAGACGCCAGUCUCAUCGCCCACAAAAGCCGUGCUCAAGACACCAUCGCCCAAGCGUGCGACACCAGAAACGCCGUCUAUGCAAAUUGAGGAUUUGAUCAUGGAGGAGUAUCUACAGCCUGUGCAGUUCGAUGAUGGCGGCGACGAAGAUGAAAUUGCCUCACCGGGUCCUUGCAUUGAUCCAGCACUUCUAACAAUCAGUGCAGAUCCCGUGAUGAAGGCAACACCCACACCCUCCUCCUCCCCAACAAAGACUGGGCCGCCAUUGCCACCUCGUUCUGCGCCAGCCAAGAAUGCCCUUGCACUGCAGCAAUCCCUCACAGAGCUGGAGCAACGUGCUCCAAGUUCAAGCCACGACUAA